AGAUAAAUUUAAAGAAGAAGGCGGAUAGAAUGCUUUCAAGCCACGGAGAGAAGAGGAGGAGGAGGAGAAGAAGAAGAGAGGAAGAGAAGGGGAGGAAAGAAUGAAAUUUUCGUAGCACCAUUCCCAUUCUACCCCUUAUCCACCUCUACGUCUCUAACCCCUCCUCUUCGAUUGCCUCUCUAUCCCCCAACAAAUGCCUCCAUUCCUCCUCCUCCUCCUCUCCCUCCUCAUUGGCUUCGAUGCCUUCCUCGCCGCGCCGGCGUCCGCCGAACCCCUCUCCACCUCCCUCCGCAUCCCUCUCCACCGCCGCCCGCCGCCCCUUGCCACCGCGACCCGCCUCGACUACGUCAGGGACCUCGUCAAAAGCGACCACCUCCGGCAGCGGAUGAUCUCCGGCACCAUCUGGCAGCGCCGCCACCGGCAGCAGCGGAGGGCUUGCGAGAACGCCACCUCGGCGGCGGACUCCUUCGCAAUGCCGCUGUCCUCCGGCGCGUACACCCACACGGGGCAGUACUUCGUCCGGUUCCGCCUCGGCACGCCGGCGCAGAAAUUCGUGCUGGUCGCCGACACCGGCAGCGACCUCACGUGGGUGAAGUGCAGCUUCGACCGGCGCAAAUGCCGGCGCUGCGCUGGCGGGAGGGUCUUCCGCCCGGAGAAGUCCGUGUCGUUCGAUCCGAUCCGCUGCUCGUCGGCCAUGUGCAAAACCUCCCUCCCCUUCUCGCUCGCCACGUGUCCUUCCCCGUCGAGCCCCUGCGCUUACGAUUACGGGUACUCGGACGGAUCGGCGGCACGGGGCAUCUAUGCGCACGAAUCGGCGACGGUGAUGCUAUCCAACAGUCAUCAGAAGGCGAAGCUGAAAGGGCUGGUCAUCGGGUGCACGUCCUCGUUCGCCGGAUUGAGCUUCCGCUCCUCCGACGGGGUGUUGGGGCUGGGGCACAGCGGUAUCUCCUUUGCCUCGCGGGCCACCCAACUUUUCGGGGGGAAGUUCUCUUAUUGCCUGGUGGACCACCUUAGCCCCAAGAACAUCUCGAGCUAUCUCACCUUCGGCCCCAACGGCGCGCUGAUCCCCUCCGAGGCGCGCCAAACCGAGCUUCUCAUGGAGCCGUGGCUCGAGCCGUACUACUCCGUCAGGGUCUCCUGCAUCUCCGUCGACGGCGAGGUGCUAAAGAUACCUAUGAGCGUCUGGGAUGUGGAGAAAGGAGGAGGAGCGAUACUGGACUCCGGUACGAGCUUGACGGUGUUAGCCAAGCCGGCGUACGAUGCCGUGGUGUCGGCUCUGAGCCGGCGGCUCGCAGGGGUGCCGAGGGUGGGCGUGGAGCAGUUCGAGUACUGUUACAACUGGACGGCUGCCAUCCCGGCGGCGGUGGUGCCCAAGUUGGUGGUCCAUUUCCACGGUGCGGCUUGGCUCGAGCCGCCGGCUAAGAGCUACGUGAUCGACGUGGCAGACGGCGUGAAGUGCAUCGGCUUCACGUCGGCACCGUGGCCGGGGGUGAGCACGAUAGGGAAUAUUCUUCAGCAGGAGCACCUAUGGGAGUUCGAUAUAAAGAAUCGACGGCUGAGAUUUCAAGCGUCCACAUGUGCUCCAUAUUGAUCAGAUUUCCAAUCUCUGUUUUCUUCUCUCCUGUGGAUUUAAAUUUCCUCUUUUCUUUGUUUGAUAUUAAUGACGUAUGUGUGAUGUAACAAUAAGAUGGGAUGUAUAGAUUAGUUUUGGAUUGUGAAUGAUUGGAUGUGGGGGUCUGGUGGCUGAGCUCUCUGGAGACCGUCUGCCGUGGUAUAAACCGCCCGUGAUUUGAAAAGGAUGGGUACACCGUAAGGUUGGUGUUGUAACGGUGGUCCAUGCUAGAAAGCGACGCGUGCCUUAAAAAAAGUAUCAAGAUCUAAGACCAA